AUGAACAAUUGCUCUGCUUUUGGUUGUGCUGUCGGUUCUUGUUUUCUCAAAUAUUGGGGUGUUAAUAAAACAAUAAUUGCAAGUGCAACUCUUCUAAUGUCAAUUAUGUUGCUCUCAAAACUGAUCUCAUUGAAAUGCUCACACGAACAUAGAGCAAGAGAUUUGACACGGGUAAGUGCACUUUUGCAAAAUUUUUAUUAAUCAUCAGACUAACCUACAUACAUACAUACAUCAGGUAAAUCAAUUAUGUUUGGUGGAUACUCUAACUGUUUUCAUUGUCGAUUUGUCUCCAUAUUUUUUCACACUCGUCUUUGGAGAUCAAGUUAUUCAUCUUGAUGUAAAUUGUUUUCGAAAAUUAUUGUUUAAAAAUAAUGUUUUCAGGGUUAUGGUCCGUAUAAUGCUGUUUUAAAAAUCAUGGCUUGUUUCGUCGAUGCAAUAAUAGCGACUUUUGUAAUUGGAAAAGUUAUCAAACCCCGUCAGGUUUCUCAACAAAUAUCAAUUUCUUUGAGAGCAAGAACUCAAUAAAUCAAUUUGUAAACCCGUUGGGAAUCUUGAAUAAAUUUGUUUUUGUUAUUCAUUUGUUCCUUUUCACUUUCCUUUUAAUGAAUCAUGGAUUUUUGGGCAAAGGUAAAUUGACAAAUAUGUUUUCUCACGGGGAUAAUCUUAACAAUUUUUAUGAACACAGGUUUAUGAAUGUUAUGGAAGCAAAACCAGAAUAGUACAACUUGAUUAAAAAAAAUCAGUGAUGUUUUUUUUACUUCCUUUAUCACUUCGAGUAAAUUUUAGUCAUUAACCUGAAUCAUUUCUGAUCUGCAAGUUUUGUUUUCGAGAUUUUUCAUUCAUUUUCUUUUUCAGACCAUUCUCAUUUAUUUUCAGAUGUCAGUAAUCGGAACACCUUAUGUAAUAACCACUGGAGUUGGUAUUAUUGCUGGAAUCCUCCAAACUAUUUUCAAUUUCAAAAUUAUUCAGGAUUUCAUAUUAAAAAGCAAUAUGAGAAAUCAAGUUGAAUUUCAACUAAUAUUUAUGAGACCAGUUUUAGAUGUGGUUAAUGGUUUCAUAAGUUGGUUCUUCUUUCCGUAAUUAGAUAUUUCAUUAUUUCUUCUGUUUUCAGAUACAAUCUAUUAUUCUCUAACAAUUCCAAGUAUAACUCAUCCAGAAUAUCUUCGCUAUGAUUACAUUUUUGCUAUGGUUCUUCUCGGUUCAAAUAUUCUAGAAAGUCGUAGUUUUUUGGCAGCUGGAAUCGCCAUUGAAAGAACCAUUGCCACCUAUUUUCCGAUAAAUUUCUAUAAAUAUCGGGGUUAUGUUUCAAAUAUUCCAAUAAUUACAUUUUUCCUUGCUCUUGGUGCACUUGGAGAUGUUGUACUUUUCAAAUUUUGCAAUUUCUCUUUUCCAAUAAACCCUGAUUGCACUACAUUUAUCUGUGCAACAACCCAAUGUUAUCAAAACUAUUCAUCAAUUACUAAAAUUGUCAGUUGAAAAAUUCUGUAACAAAAAAUAUUGAAACAAGAUAACUUUUAGAUUUAUUGUUCAAUCAAUUUGAUUUUCUCUGUGCUUCUUUGUUUCAAACUUCUAACAAUGACUUGUAACAAAACCACGUCCUCGGCAGAUUUGAAAAAAGCAAAUUUAUUAUCAAUAACCGACGGUGUCUCUUCAGUUAUUUUCGAGUUUUUGCCAUCUCUGAUGUUCAACUACAGUGCUAUUGAUAUUACGGUAAGGUUUUUUCAUUGUUCAUUACCCCAUACAUUUUUUACAGCCUCUUGGACCAAUAACUGGUGUACUACGAACUAUCAGCCGAGCUGUUGAAGCAACUGUGAUGUAUUCAUUAAUGACUAAUCAUCAUAAAGUCGUCAAUCCGUCUGUUUCAAUAAGUAGUAGACGAGAAAUACUUUUUUAG